AUGGCGAUGCAGCUUGAUAUGUCUCAAGCUUCUGUCAUGAAGGAUGAACAGGGCCGACCGUUCAUCAUCGUUCGAGACCAGGGAAAGAAGAAGAGACAGCAUGGAACAGAGGCUGUUAAAUCUCACAUCGUGGCUGCGAAGACCGUUGCCAGCAUCGUGAAGACUUCUCUGGGUCCCCGUGGUCUCGAUAAGAUCCUGAUUUCCCCCGACGGUGACAUUACUGUUACCAAUGAUGGUGCUACCAUCCUUGGCCAGAUGGAAAUUACAAACAACGUGGCCAAACUCCUCGUCGAGCUCUCGAAGUCCCAGGAUGAAGAAAUUGGUGAUGGAACAACCGGUGUUGUCGUCCUGGCCGCGGCCAUGCUGGAACAGGCGUCCGAUCUCAUCGACAAGGGCAUUCACCCUAUCCGAAUUGCGGAUGGUUACGACCAAGCCUGCGACAUCGCCGUAUCGAAGCUUGAUCAGAUCAGUGACGAAAUCAAAUUCACAAGAGAUAACACUGAGAACCUGCUCAAGGUCGCAAAGACGAGUUUAGGAAGCAAGAUCGUUUCCAAAUCACACGACCAGUUUGCACAGAUCGCCGUCGAUGCCGUGCUCUCUGUUGCAGAUCUCGAGCGGAAGGAUGUGGACUUCGAGCUGAUCAAGGUGGACGGGAAAGUUGGUGGAGCGCUUGAGGACUCCCUCCUGGUCAAGGGUGUCAUCGUGGAUAAGGACUUCUCUCACCCCCAGAUGCCCGAUGAGGUCAGGGAUGCUAAGCUGGCAAUCCUGACCUGCCCAUUCGAACCGCCCAAGCCGAAGACAAAGCACAAGCUCGACAUCACAUCGGUGGAGGAGUUCAAGCGCCUGCAAGAUUACGAGCGGGAGAAGUUCACAGAGAUGAUCCAAAACCUCAAGGACUCCGGCGCCAACCUGGUAAUCUGUCAGUGGGGUUUCGAUGAUGAGGCUAACCACCUUCUGCUGCAAAACAAGCUCCCUGCCGUUCGCUGGGUGGGUGGACCUGAAAUCGAGUUGAUUGCCAUUGCUACGAACGGGCGUAUCGUACCUCGCUUCGAGGACCUCAACGCAGACAAGCUUGGAAGAGCCGGCCGAGUGCGCGAGAUGACGUUCGGUACUACGCGAGAGAAGAUGCUUGUUAUUGAAGAGUGCGCGAACAGCCGUGCCGUGACGAUAUUCGUGCGAGGAAGUAACAAAAUGAUCAUCGAUGAAGCCAAACGAUCAUUGCACGACGCCAUUUGCGUUGUCCGUAACCUUGUUACAGACAACCGUGUUGUGUAUGGUGGUGGUGCUGCGGAGAUUGCCUGCUCCAUUGCCGUGGAAGAUGCCGCUGUCAAGAGCCCCGGAAUUGAGCAGUAUGCCAUGCGUGCAUUCGCGGAUGCACUUGAUUCAGUCCCUCUCGCUCUGUCCGAGAACUCUGGUUUGAGUCCGAUUGAAACCCUUGCUGCGAUCAAGUCCCGCCAGGUGAAGGAGAAUAACUCUCGCCUGGGUGUUGACUGCAUGCUGAGCGGCAACAAUGAUAUGAAAGAACACUUUGUCAUCGACCCGCUCAUUGGGAAGCGACAGCAAUUGCUGCUCGCGACCCAGCUGUGCCGUAUGGUUCUGAAGAUCAACAAUGUCAUCAUCUCCGGAGACGACGAGCAGGAGUUCUAG